CGUUGAUCUUCGUGGCGGGCUCGCAGCCCAACACUCAGCUCGCCGCCGGCCGAUUUCGUCGUCCUUGGCUGCCUGCCUCCGUCGCCGCCGGUCGUCGUCGGCGCCCAUUUUGUCCCACCUCUAUCCACCUUACGCGCAUCCUCCGGUAGCAGCACUGCGUGGUUGCGCCGCCGCCGCCUCCUCCUGUACCGACGACAGCAACGCCAAAAACCCUAUCCCCAUUCCCCUCGCUGCUUGACUGCGCGUUCUCAGCCGGUUUCCCCCUUCUCUUCGUCGUCGUCACCGUCGCGCCUGCGACUCGGCGUGAACGGGGGUGGUGGCCGCAGCAGCGCCUGCGCAGCGAGGGGGGUCUCCUGUGCGUGUUGCGCGGCUGUGUCUUCAGCACUACGGUUCCCCUUCGUCUUCGCCUGGUCGCUUUCACCGAUCAAUUGCUCUCUCGCCCUCCUGCACGGAGGAGGUAUGUCCCAUCAAUCAGACACAUCUUCAAGCUCAAAUGAUUCCGAAGAUAGCAACAUCAUCCACCCAGCCAGCAUAUACUCUAUGGAAGAAUUCAUUGCUGAGCAAAGCAUCGUGGACAAUUUUCUUCAGCGGAUCAUUGUGAAGAUUGAGGCCAAGAUUGAAGCUCAGAAAGCUAGUACAUCUCACCCUCGAAGUGGUGAACGGAAAUAUGUAAAGAGGAACCGCGAAGAGGGCCAUCGACGACUCGUGGAAGAUUACUUCUCUAAAGAUCCAAUCUACAGUGAUAAACAGUUCCGUGCAAGGUACCGGAUGAGAAGACCCCUUUUUCUACGUAUUGUUCAUGCCUUAGGUGAGUGGUCUCCCUAUUUCACUAGUAGGAGAGAUGCCAUUAAUCGUCAAGGGCUCUCACCUUUGCAAAAAUGCACAAUAGCCAUUCGUGCAUUAGCAUGUGGCACCCUCGGAGACGCCAUUGAUGAAUACGUAGAUACUGGUAUCAGCACAGCACUGGAGUGUUUGGAUUGGUUUGUGGAAGGGGUGAUUGACAAUUUUGGUGAAGAAUAUUUGCGAAGCCCCACUAGUGAGGAUAUGCAACAUAUACUACAAAUGAAUGAGGCACGGGGCUUCCCUGGCAUGUUAGGAAGUAUUGGCUGUAUGCACUGGGAGUGGAAAAAUUGCCCAGUUAUAUGGAGGCGUCACCUUACUCAUACCGAUCAUGGUGCGACUACAAUGAUUCUUGAAGCGGUUGCUUCAAAUGACAGCUGGAUAUGGCAUGCUUUCUUUGGUGCCAUUGGAUCGAACAAUGAGAUCACCAUUCUCGGCCAACCACAGUUGUUCACCGAAUUGUUGAAAGGCCAAGCUGCUCAUGUGCAAUUUUCUGUCAACAGGAGGCAAUACAAUACAGGCUACUAUCUUGCUGAUGGAAUAUACCCAGAAGGCAAUGUCUUUGUUAAAACAGUAACCCUCCCUCAGAGCGAAAAGGAUCAAUUGUUUGCACGGCAUCAAGAAGGAGCAAGGAAGGACGUCCAGGAAGCCUUUGGACUUCUACAAUCUCGUUUUGCCAUUGUGCGUGGUCCCACUCGUUUCUUUCAACAAGAGACUCUUGUCAAAAUUAUGCAAGCUUGCAUUAUACUUCACAACAUGACAGUUGAGGAUGAGAAAGAUAUGGGAAGCUCUUGUUUUGACUCGGAUGAAAUCUUAGGGACACUGGCUGUUCUUUUAUCAGAUAUCAACACUGUGCCUGCUGGCUGUUAUGCUGAAGUGGUACGGAGAAAUGCUUCUGUUUGUGCUCAACCAACACAUGCACAACUUAGAAGGGACUUAAUGGAGCAUAUUUGGCAGCGUUUUGGUCCAUUUGGCAACAAGUAAAACAAUCAAUCCUCCUGUAUGGUUAUGUUAAAAGCCUAAGCACCUUUGAGGUUACUGUAAGCCAACAUUUUGGAAAGCCAGAAUCUCAAACAGUGUCCCGCUGGAUUACUUGGGAUAUUGGACUUCCAACAUAACCAAUGAUGUGGUUCUAUUGUUCCCUUUGUCCGACUCGCUACUAUUCCAACUUGCUGGUACAAGAGCUAGCUCUGUGCUGCUAUGUUCUGUUCCAACUGUGGAUGUAUUGGGUAUUAUAUAACAAAGAGCAUUAGGAGUAUAUUACUUUUGAGUUUGUGAUACUUUAUGCCUUAGAGUUUUCUUUUAUAGCAUUUGGUUCU